AUGGCGAGCCCAACCUCUUUUCGUGCGGUCUACAAGACCAUAGGGUCACAAGAAAUCGAUGUGGAUGUCUAUGCCCCCCCAGUCGGGGAAACCAACAAGGCAACAUAUCCGGUUGUCAUCAAUAUCCAUGGAGGCGCAUUCCAUCUCGGCUCAUCCAAGAUGGUCAACAAAGACCAAGUGGCUGACUGCCUCAGCAGAGGUUGGAUUGUUCUAGCCCCCAACCACCGUCUGUGCCCACAAGUCACGCUCUUGGAUGGCCCGAUGAGGGAUUGUCGUGACCUCCUAGGGUGGGUAUACGACGGCGGACUUCAGAAGGCCCUUGACGCUAAUGCCAGUGGAUCAUAUGCCGUUGAUACUGAUCACGUCUUUGCAUUCGGAACCUCUUCUGGGGGUACCCUCUCCCUUGCCCUAGGGUUCGGCGUUCCUCGUCCCGUUGCUGGAAUUUAUGACAUGUACGGGCCUAGUAACUUCACUCAUGCCUUCUGGGAAAAGCCGUUGCCGCACGUGGCAGCGAAAUUGCCCAAGGGCCUCACAAAGGAAUUCAUGGACAAAGUCUUUGACGAAGAUCCGGUGCCUAUCCUCGGAGGCGUGUCAUUGGAAGGUCAAGCACAGGGGCCGCCCAACUUUGACGAUCCGAGACAGGCGUUUGCAAUGACACAAAUAGCCACCGGCAAUGUCAUGAACACGAUUGUCCCUGACAAGAACUGGGAUGCAGUCGACCCCAUCAGGAAUAUCACUUCCUCCUUUCCCCCGACGUUUAUUGUGCAUGGACAGGAGGAUACUAUGGUGCCCCUCGAGCUUAGCCAGGGUUUGAUCAAGGUGCUGAAGGAAAAGGGGGUCAAGUCUGAGCUGAGGGAAAUUCCGGGCGAGGAACACACUUUUGCCGCGAAGAUGAAGGUGGGAUCUCAGACUUGGAAUCUUCAGAGACAAGGCUUUGACUUUUUGGAGAGCUUGAUUGAGAAGUGA